AUGGUCUCCUUCUGGCCCUGGAGGGCCGACGACUCCUCCCCUGCCUCGUUUGAGAAGACCCUCUCUGCCCUGUCUACCAAAAUCACAGACACCCAGGCGAGACUCGAUGGCGCGCGAGCCACCUCCCGUCGCAUCAGGGUGCUCUGGUCCCUGUACCUCGCCUUUGCCUACCUCGUCUACUCGAUCGUCAUUUUCCUCGUCGUAGGAUGGAACGACAUGGGCGCCUCGGAAUGGACCGGCGUCGCGGGAGGCCCGCUCCUCAUCUACCUCACGCGGACCACCGUCACGGCCGUCUUCAACUACCGCAUCGAUUCCCUGGCCACUCGCCUAAAGGAGCAGCAGGCCGAGCGCGCAAAGACGAUCCAGAAGCUCAAGGACGCCACAAAGUACGACUCCACCCUGGAGCUCCUCGAAAAGUACGGAGGCGGUGAGGGCAAGGGCAAGAACAAGAAGCAGAGUGCGGGCGAAGAGGACAAGAAGUCGCGACAGCAGCAGCAACAGGGCGGCAGGCACAAUGAAGGCGCCACACCCAGCGGCCGGACGAACAUGGCGCCCCCUCCCACCGCCAAUAUCCAGCGCCGCGAAGGUCCCCCGCCUGGCUUCCAAGCCGGGCGUCCGCCGCAGUCGCCCAACGGCCUCGAGCCCACGGAAGAAUUCGCGCCCAACGCAUACGCCCACCUGCCUCCGCCGCCGCCGCCUCACUCGCAGCACUUUGCGCAGGCCGAGGGGAUGCCAGGCUCGUCGCACUGGUACGACCGCAUCAUGGACCUCCUCCUCGGCGAAGACGAGACGGCGUCCAAGAAUCGGAUCGCCCUCAUCUGCAGGAAUUGCAGGCUGGUCAACGGUCAGGCCCCACCGGGCACAAAGGCCCUCUCAGACAUUGGCACGUGGAAGUGCAUGGGCUGCGGGGCCACCAACGGCGAAAUGGAGGAGGGAAAACGCAUCAUGCAGGAGGUCCUGGGGUCGCGGGAGGUUCCCACGGGCGAAGAGUUCAAGGAGUCUGAUGAAGAGGUGUCUAGCGUUUCGAUCAAGGAGGAAGAUUCUGACGAGCAACCCAGCGGCGCGAAGACGACGGGGCGACAGGGCGGUUCGGCGGCAGCGAAGAAACGGAAGGGCAAGGGUGGCAAGUAA